CAGCCGAGGAGGCCUUGAAUAUCAUAUCUCGAAUCGAUAGAGUAAUGCGCGGAGAUGCUGAAGGUCUUGAGCGUAGCGACGAAGGAUCAUAUGAAGGAUCGCGUCCGACUGAUGCAUCUCAAACCGAGGCCAUAGGGUCGAGGGAUUUGGCUCAAAUACGCACCCUCAUAUCAAUCGUCUUCAAGUGGGGCAUUGUGCCUCUUGUCUCCCGUGUUUCAGCUACUUGGCAAAUUCAACCUUCACGAGCAGGAGCAAGUAUCAUCGAUCUCACGAAUACUCCCCAAGAGUAUGAAUUACUGUCGUCCCUCCUUACCAGAGUCUUGUCCAUGCUAUUUCCAAACGGCGUGCAUGCUUCGCUAUCAUCCAGUAUGGUAUGUGCUAUAAUUCUUGAACGCCACCUGAUCGAUGCCUUGGUCUGCUCCUUAACCCUUGGCUGGCUUCCGAAAACUUUGUCUUCUGAGUCAACCCCAACUGUGGAUAGUGUCAGGCCUCCUAUCAUGCGCUUACUUUCCGUACUGCCUCCUUCUCGCACAAUCGAGGCCCUGGGAUCCGUGCUUGCCUUCACUCCACCACUUCCCCGGCAUGUCAUCAAGGUCUGCAGUUCGUUGCUCAGUCAACAACUUCUUCGUCGAGAUGGCGUCAGGGCGCUCUUCAUGGCCAUCUUUACCGAAGAAGAGCUGUCCGGAGAGAGUGCCCCUCUAGUUAAACUGGAGCGCGUCUCUAGAAUAUUGCGUUCUAUACCAGCGCAAAUUCAGCCGGAGGACUAUUUUUCGAACAUCAGUGACCAGAUCAUUAGGAUGUUCGUGCCAGAUGGAGCUCCUUCCCCUCCUCCCUAUAUCCAGGCGUCAGCCUUUUUCCUUUCUCAGAGCCUGGAGCAGGAAGCUGUACCGAACUAUGCUUCGGCUGCGAAUACCAUGUUGCAGAUUUUGCACCGUCCGUUUUCUGGACAGACAGACUUUGAGGGGCCUCGCGAUACCAUUGGCACGACAUUCAUGCUCACACCUCGGAUUGCUCUAUCAGUCCUGGUUAAGAUUGUCUCCAAUAUUGAUCCCUCGCCUCUCGUUUUAACCAAGAUCCUUUCGCCAAUUAUCUCUUCAUUGUAUGCCAUCUUAGAGUGCCUAGAAUCAAAGAAAACGUCUGAUCCCGGGCUCAAGGAAGCUGUUCGUAAUCUUCUGAGAACUUGGGGGCGAGUGAUCAGCGCUACGGAGGGUUUGGAAACGCUCUGGUCUAUCGUCUCGGGCGACGGGGGAUACUGGCAAGUAGAUCUGAGUGGAGAGAUAGUGAGGAUAGAGAGAUCGAAUGUCCUACCCUCGCUUUCCCUGCUCACAACAGAGGAUCUCAAGCACUUAGACGACGAUCACACUUCUGGCGUGGAUACGAAUAUAUUCGGUCUGCACCCAGACCCGCCGGUUUUCGUUGCGUUCAUCCAGUCCAUCAAUCGAAGUGACAUUACAUCGGAUAUGUUCGUCCGCCUUCUGGAUGCCUAUCAAGAGUCGAAGAGCGCAGAAGACGCAGAUCCAAUGCGCACAUUGUUAUACCUGCAACUGGUCAACCGCAUGCAGUUGGUAGUAUCAUCUAGCGCACCGACUCGCAUGCUGUCUGACCAUCAGCGCGCCCUUGCUUUCGUGAAGCAUGCGCUAGAGGCUGCCUCGCCUUUCGUCAACGGUAAACGGGAAAUACGGAAGCCAAGACAACCCGACAGUCAUGGUCUAACACUUGAGGACUUGCGAAUAGUACCGCAAGAGGAUGAAGAUGAUGUUGGCGAGUCAGAUGGUCCAUCCGAAACAUCUAUGGAUGAAGAAAUGACAGUCACGGCAAUCAACCUUCUUUUGUCCCUGCUCGAAGGGAACGAAGACCUUUCGGCAAGGACAGCUCCCGUCUUAACUGAAAUAUUUUCUCUCUUGGAAUCCUUGGUCAACAGCGAGUCUGAUACGACUCGCCGGUUAGCAAGUGAGGCUAGAUUGGUGAUGACAGCACGCCUAGCUUCAACAUCAGCCGAUACGCAACCUCGUAGGAGGGACCAGCAUGAAACACAAGAGGAUCCGCGAGAAACAUAUCAGAAAGCACUCAAGUUGCUUCAAGAUCCGAUCCUUCCUGUUCGCGCUCAUGGUCUACUGCUUCUGCGUCAACUCGUAUCUCCGCCACGAGACAGUAGUACGGGAUCGGGUAGGCCACCCGUCGACAAGGCUUUGGUGCCUGCUGUUCUGGACAUCUUCUUGCAAGCCAUCCGCGAUGAAGAAUCGUACAUCUUCCUGAAUGGCGUGCAGGGUCUGUCUGCAAUGGUCGAUGGCUUCGGGAAAGAGGUGCUUAGAGGUUUGUUUAAGAUAUACACGCAUGGUUUGGACGGUCUAUCCACCGGUGAUCUUACUCAACACGAUGUUGAUGUCCGCACGAGAGUGGGUGAAGCCCUCAGCCAGGUAAUACAGAGAUGCGGCGAAGCGCUACCGAGUUAUGCCGAUAUCCUCAUCCCUCCGCUGUUCAACGUUGUCAGGAAUGCCUCUUUACCAACAGCGAUUCGAACGUCCGCACUAUCACUCUUAGCCACCUGCAUAAAGACGAGCACCCUUGCCCUUCUCCUGUACCUGGAAGACCUGUGUUCGGCAAUGGUGGAUCUCCUGCAACUAGAAGGCAAAGCGGUUGUUAUGCCGCAAGUUGAAAACGAACGUGAACCGGUCGACACCAUGGAUACAAAUCCCACGAGCAAACAGAGCAAGCUCCCUCCGUUCCGGCGCGCUGCCCUACAUCUGCUUUCCUUGCUCUUGAAGGCGUCUACGGAGCGCAUCUACGAUCUAGGCAGGGAUGCAAAUAUCUUCCCGAGCACACUAGUGACGCGUACUAGGAAUACUUUGCGGUAUAUAUCGUCUACGGAUGAGGAUGCAGUGGUGAGAGUGAUGGCUUGGGAAACACUAGACCAGUUGAAUAGCCUCGGGGAGGCAAUGAUAGGCAUCUAA